GCCUGUCUACGCUUAAAAAUAGAUCCACCGAGAACUUGAGAGUCCCAUCUCCUAGCAAAACCAUCCGCCUUUCUCCAAGAAUCUCUUUGCCUCGCUUGAAAUUCAUCGCCAAACAGGGGAAGUGAUUCGCCGGUGAAAAAUCUAUAUGCCGCCCAAUAAGCUCUCGUUCAUUAAUAAAAAAAGGGCAUAUUAGAUAUUUAAACUAUUAGGGGGCUGUAUUUAGAAAUAUCGGGGCUGUGGAUAGAAACUCCCUAAUUAAUUUACUGUUGAAAAGGUAAAAUACCCCUUUGCCCCUUCACAGAAGUCUUCUACCACUUCUGGAUCGGCCUUUCAUCUGCUCCGCUCCUUCCAGGUCCCUUAUCGACGACUUCUCGUUCAACUUCUCUGUAUUAAAGCUUUAAUGAAACUGUUCGCUGAUAUCUAACUUCGUCCAUCAUAUUAAGCAGAUUUUCUGUAUGUAGAUCCUCAUAUUAGUGAAGUUCGUCCAGCUUAAAUUUUAAUGAAACUUGUUCGCUGAUAUGUUCAAACUGCUUUAGGUCUGAUGGAAGGUGGUAGAUAUUCGGUUGAUUUGGAUAACCUCCAACGCAAUCGAAGAAACGAGAUUGGGAGGAAGAAAUCCCGCAAAGGUAAAGAACUUGCCGGGUCUUCAUCUCAAAGCCGAGAUGAUUUUGAAACGGGUUACCAAAGGCGAGAUGGAGAUGCGAUGUCCGAAGAACAACUCCAACAAGAAUUGGCCCGACAUAAUAACCGCAUUGAAUGAGAUUACUUUGUAUUUAACAUAUGAAGUUGAUUUUGAAGAAAAUGAUGACUUUGACGUUCUAGACUGGUGGAAGUCAAAAGAAAGAACGUUCCCGAUUUUAGCACGGAUGGCUAAGCAAGUACUAUUAAUGCCGGUUUCAACAGUUGCUGUGGAACAAGAAUUUAGUUCGGCCGGCAACGUCCUAACGGCAUCUAGAUCGAGAUUGAGCGCGGAGUCUCUUGAGACGCUUAUAUGCUACCACGAUUGGUUGAAGGCCGCACGUAGAACUCAAGAAUUGAGCAUCACCCCCUCCCAAGAUUUUAUGGAUGACUCAACAACCGAUGGUGGCUCUACCUAUGCCGGAGAUUCCGAUUGAUUAGUAUUUUAGAAUUUAUUACAAAAUGUAUUUUAUAGCACUUGUCAAAUUUAUUUAUACUUGUACUUCAUAUU